UAUCUUGAUUCGUAUCUUUUAUUUCUAAAAAUUAUCGAUAAAUACAGAAAAUAUGCUUGUAAACAUAGAUAAAAAUUUUGUAAAUAAGAAAAAAUAUUGAUGAGAUAAAUGUUGAAGUCAAUGUUUAAUGUAAUUUCGUGCCGGCAAUCGAGAAAUUAGUAUAAUUAUUAGUUUCAGUAAUUAUAUUUUCAUUAUGUUCAUUAGAUAAUACGAUAAACGAAUUUAAAAAUUGGAUAUUUUUAGUUUAUUAAAGAUGUUGUUUUAUUCGUUUUUCAAAUCCUUGAUCGGAAAGGACGUAGUUGUAGAAUUAAAAAAUGAUUUGAGCAUUUGUGGUACUUUGCAUUCAGUAGACCAAUACCUGAAUAUAAAGUUAACUGAUAUAAGUGUGACCGAUCCAGAUAAAUAUCCUCACAUGUUGUCUGUAAAAAACUGUUUUAUUCGAGGAUCAGUAGUACGUUAUGUACAACUGCCAGGAGAUGAAGUGGAUACUCAGUUAUUACAGGAUGCUGCACGCAAAGAAGCAGCAGUUCAAGCAAGAUAAUUUGUGCUGUUAUUAGGUUUAAAAAUACUACUGAUUUAUUUUUUACUAUUAAAGCCAACAAUUGUGUACAAUGAACAUACAAACUUUGAAUUUACAAGUAUAUAAAUUGAGUUUACAUGUAACAUUAAAAAAAAAAUAGUUUCUGUUCGUAACAA